AGCGCAGGCGGGAGGAGGCGGCGGAGAGCGGCGGCAGAGAGCGGCGGCGGAGAGCUGUUGUCCGUGCUCUGAGCUCGGUGUGAGCCGCCGGCGGGCCGGGGCGGCCGCGCUCCGGGCUCCGUCCGCACCCGGCGAGAGGCAGCGAGGGAGGCAGCGAGGGAGGCCGCUUGCCGGGCGGCCGGAGGCUGUCCGCCGCCCCGCCAUGGCGGCUGCAAGGCAAGUGCUGUGUCUGUGGGCUUUGCUGGGCGUGCCGCGCGUUCGCUGCGAGCCCAUCCGCUACUCCGUGGCCGAGGAGGGCGAGAGCGGCUCGGUGGUGGCCGACGUGGCGGAGGACGCGGGGCUGGCCCCGGCGCAGCUCUCGGCUCGCCGGGCGCGCAUCGCCUCGCCGGCCGGCCGGCAGCACUUUCGCUUGGAGCGCGGCAGCGGCCGCCUCGUUGUCGCCGAGCGGCUCGAUCGGGAGGAGAUGUGCGGACGCUCCCGCACCUGCACGCUCGCCUUCGAGCUGCUGCUCGCCGACCCGCUGCAGUUCUUUCCGAUCGAGGUGUCCGUGGAGGACAUCAAUGACCACUCGCCGGUCUUCCCGGACGAACGAGUGACCUUUAAGAUCCCCGAAACCAGCGACCCGGGCACACGUUUCCCUGUGGGGGCGGCUCAGGACUUGGACAUUGGCAGCAAUGACAUCCAGGCUUAUAGCAUUUAUCCUAAGAACGAAUUCUUCAGUGUCUCCUCUCGGACUCAAAGCGAGAGUGAAAUGCAUGUUGAUCUCAUUCUGGAAAAGCCUCUGGACAGAGAGGAGCAGCCAGAGAUGGAUUUCACGCUCAUUGCCACAGAUGGGGGCUCUCCACCAAGAAGUGGUUCCACCCAAAUCCACAUCGUUGUUCUGGAUGUAAAUGACAAUGUUCCCGUCUUCACACAGAAGGUGUAUAUGGGUCAAAUUUCUGAAAGUGCUCCGGAAGGAUCCAUAGUCCUCAGGGUAGUGGCUAAUGAUGCUGAUGAUGGAAUAAAUGGCGACAUAACAUAUGACUUCAGCCAAGCAAGUGGUCAGAGUUAUUUGGAUUUUGCAGUUGAUGCCAUGAGUGGUGAAAUUCGUGUCAUGAAACCUCUGGAUUAUGAGCAAACAUUGAAAUAUGAAUUCAGUGUGAGGGCGAUGGAUGGUGGAGGUCUUUCAGCCAUGUGUAAGGUAGUGGUGGAGGUGCUGGAUGUGAAUGAUAAUGCACCAGAGAUCGUGGUCAGUUCCUUCAGUAGCCCACUCCCUGAGAAUGUAGCACCUGGAACAGUGGUCGCACUCUUUGCUGUCAGGGAUCAGGAUUCCGGUGUCAACGGGGAGAUUACAUGUGCCCUUGAAGAACAGCGUUCCUUCUCCCUCAGGCCAGCCUUCAAGAACUACUACGAGCUGGUGACCGUGAGCACACUGGACCGGGAGGAGAGAGCACAGCACAUGGUGGUCGUCACGGCAGCAGAUGCAGGCUCUCCUCCUCUCACCAGCACCCACACCUUCAGCGUGGACAUCUCCGAUGUCAACGACAACGCACCCGUCUUCAACCAGACGUCGUACACCAUGUACGUGCAUGAGAACAAUGCACCUGCACUGCUCGUCGGGGCCGUGAAGGCGACGGAUGCGGACGCGGGGCCCAACGCCAAGGUGAGCUAUUCCGUGGUGCCAGCCCGUGGCCCGGAAGAAGAGCCCUGCUCGUGUGUGUCCGUGAACUCGGAGAGCGGAGGCGUGUUUGUGCUGCGGCCGCUGGACUACGAGCAGCUGAGGCAGCUGGAGGUGGUGGUGAGCGCUGCAGACGCGGGGUCCCCUCCCCUCAGCAGCAGCGUCAGCGUCCGCCUGCUGGUGGUGGACGAGAACGACAACGCGCCGCUGGUGCUGCACCCCAGCGCGCAGGACAGCAGCCCUCCUUCCAGCGAGCUGGUGCCCGCCGGGGCCGAGGCGGGGGACCUGGUGAGCAAAGUGGUGGCCGUGGACGCCGACUCGGGUCAGAACUCGUGGCUUUCCUACCAGCUGCUGAGGGCCACGGAGCCGGGGCUGUUUGCUGUGGGUGCCCAAAGCGGGGAGGUGCGGCUGAGGAGGCCGCCGACCGAGAGGGACGCUGCGAAGCAGAAGCUCGUCGUGCUGGUGCGGGACAACGGGCGGCCGCCGCUGUCGGCCACGGCAGCGCUCAGCGUGCUCCUCGUCCCCGGCUCCUGGGACGCUCAGCUGCCGCAGCAGAGCCCUGCUGCAGGCGAGGACGACGGCUCCCUCACCACCUCUUUGAUCAUCGCCUUGGUCUUUGUGUCGCUCCUCUUCUUGCUGUCGGCGGCCGCCUUUGUCGCCUGCAAGGUGUGCAAGAGGAAGGAGCUGAGUAGCGGGCCCGUGCUUUACGGCGCCAGCAGCGUGCAGAGCUACGUGGCUGACGGGGCCGCUGCCGGGACCCUGCCCCACGCCUAUUGCUACGAGGUCAGCCUCACCACGGGCUCGGGCAACAGCGAGUUCAAGUUCCUGAAGCCCGUCCUCCCCAGCCUGCCAGCGCAGCACUGCAGCACGGGGGUGGGUGGCGCCCAUGCUGAGGAGUUCCCUCCCGUGCCUGUCACUAUGGGGGAUGCUGAUUUCGAGAGCCCCGGGAUGCAGUCUGUGGCACAAUUGAAUGGGUUUUAAUUCGCACAGGGUCUCCAGUUCGGGUAGAUUCGUGGCUCGUUUAAUUGGCAAUUGGGUUUGAUGGUUAAUUGCAUGUCCCCUUGUUUAGAUCUGCAUUUGUCAUUUGCAUCCCAUAGCACAAGGUUGCUGUGCGUUCCCUCUGCUUCCCUGAAAGUACAGCAGCAACGUGAUUCAAGUUUCAUGCAUGUCAAUUAAUGGUAUUUUUAUGAUCUGUGAUGUCUGUUUCUGGAAUGCUUUCGCAGUGGGUUUCUUUCCAUGGUGCCCCACUCAUUUCUUCCCCAUUUGCUGGGUGAUCGUUUGGGCCAUGCUUAUUCCUUAGGGGGAUACAGAACUGCACAGCUGCGGGGCUCAGUCUGGAGGGCAGUUUUCUGGGAGUUCCCUUAGGUAGCCCGGAGUCUGCACAGCCGGUGUCUUUGUGGCUUGAGAAAGGAAGGUCUCUGUGCAGUGGCAUUCAUCUCCAGAGGGAUGUUGCAUUUGCAAUUGGCAUUGUGCAUUCCCAGACGGCUGAGUGAGAAGGACGGUUUCCCUCCAUGUUCCAUGAUUGUCUUGAGGGACAUCACGCGUCAAGUGAAUGACAGCCGGGGGAUCAGGCCUAGCCGGCAUGGGUUCACAAAGCGCAGGUCCUGCUUGACCAACCUGAUCUCCUUCUAUGAUCCAGUGACCCGUCUGGUGGAUGAGGGAAAGGCUGUUGAUGUAGUCUACGUAGAUUUCAUCAAAGCCUUUGACACUGUCUCCCACAGUAUUCUCCUGCAGAAAGUGGCAUUCCGUGGCUUGGACAGAUACAGUCUUGGCUGGGUAAGGAACUGGCUGCAGGGCCGGGCCCAGAUGGUGGUGAAUGAAGUUGAACCUAGGUGGUGACUAGUCACGAGUGGUGUUCCGCAGGGUUCAGUGCUGGGGCCUGUCCUGUUUAAUAUUUUUAUUGAUGACCUGGAUGAGGGCAUUGAGUGCACCCUCAGGAAGUUUGCAGAUGACACCAAGCUGUCUGGAAGUGUUGAUCUGCCUGAGUGUAGCGAGGCCCUACAGAGGGAUCUGGAUAGGUUGGAUAGCUGGGCUGAAGCCAAUGGGAUGGGAUUCAACAAGACCAAAUGCUGGGUCCUGCACUUUGGCCGCAAUAACCCCAGGCAAUGCUAGAGGCUUGGAGCAGAGUGGCUGGAAGACUGUGUAGAGGAAAUGGACCUGGGGGUGUUGAUUGACGCUAGACUGAACAUGAGCCAGCAGUGUGCCCAGGGGGCCAAGAAGGCCAAUGGCAUCCUGGCUUGUAUCAGAAAUAGUGUGGCCAGCAGGAACAGGGAAGUAAUUAUCCCCCUGUACUCAGCACUGGGGAGGCCGCACCUCGAGUACUGUGUCCUGUUUUAGGCCCCACACUGUUUGACAGACAUCGAGGCCCUGGAGUGUGUCCAGAGGAGGGCAACAAAGCUGGUGAGGGGUCUGGAGCACAGGUCUUAUGAAGAGCGGCUGAAGGAGCUGGGAUUGUUCAGUCUAGAGAAGAGGAGGCUCAGGGGAGACCUUACUGCUCUCUAUAACUUCCUGAAGGGAGGUUGUAGUGAGCUGGGGGUCAGCCUCUUCUCUCGGGUGACUAGUGAUAGGACUGGAGGGAAUGGCGUCAAGCUGCGCCAGGGAAGAUUCAGGCUGGACAUUAGGAAAUACUACUUGUCUGAAAGGGUGGUCAGGCACUGGAAUGGGCUGCCCAGAGAGGUGGUGGAGUCACCGAUCCUGGUGGUGUUCAAAGAGCGUUUGGAUGUUGUGUUGAGGGUCAUGGUUUAGCGAGAAGCACUGGUGAAGGGUGAAUGGUUGGACUGGAUGAUCCUGUGUGUCUUUUCCAACCUUAGCGAUUCUAUGAUUCUAUGAUUCUCUGACAGAAGCUGACAAACAGAAAUUUGUAACACGUUUCAGGAGUGCUGUGGUUUGCUGUGUGUGGAGCUCUGCAUUCCAAAGUGCUGCAGGCACUGCAUUCUUCCUUUGCUGAGUUGUGCUUCUCUUUUUGUUUGCUCUGUGUUUUGCCUCCUGCUCAUUAUGUCUCUCCAUACAGAUGUGCCCUUAUCCACCCACUCUGAUGUAUUGUCUUGCAGCUGAGCUGGGAAAUUGUGUCAUUGCCGAGGAUUAGGAAUUGUGUUGGACUGCAUAUAGACACAUAGCUCUGAAAGUAAUGCCUCCUAUUUAUUUCCAUGGAAAAUACAACUCUCAAAUGACACACAAGAACCCUGCCUGAUGGAUUGGAAUCAUAGUUACAGAAUUCGAUUUUUCAUCGUAAUCCCCAUUGUACCUCUGCAUUUUAUGGGCUGUGAACCAAAGCCUUCAUGUUGCACUCAUAUUAAUCUUUGACAGAGGAUGUGGCCCUCUGUAGCCACUGCAGAAAUACAUCAUGCAACACCUCACGGUGCUCACAUCCACUCUUUGUCCUCCAUAAACAUUCAGCAAGCGUUAGUGAAUGUCAGUGGGUGCAAUUCUUUGUGCAUGGAUAAGUGCAGCGAUGCACUUCCUUGUGAGAUGCCAUUUGGUCAGAUUGUCCCUCUAUUGCCAUCCAUCACAUGGUAUCAAAACACAGUGGGAUAUUGGUGGGAACGUUCAGCCUCCGCUUUGUACCACCAGCGUUUGCCUUGGACAGCAUGGGCCACCACAAUAAAUCGGGAGGCAUUACUUUCAGAGCAGCACUGAUGGAAUACACGGAAUCGUAAUUAUGUACAUAAUAAAACAUUUGAAUUGUCAAUAUUUCUGGUAAAUCUUUUUAUAAAGGGGGAACAAAAACAUGAAACCAGUGGGAUAUUUGACCUUUUCUUUUUGGUGACAGCAGUGCAUCAGGCUGGUUUGGCCGCAGUGUCUGGAAUUCUUAGGGGAGUCUCAACAUCUUCAUUGGAGAUUUUGGAUGAAAUGUUACUCCUGUUGAACUUCAUCCCUGAAAACAGUUAUCCACAAGGGUACAUACUACCAAAAAGCCAUGCCGUGAGUGAAGGCUGAUGGUGAAGUGAGAGAUAUUUCUCUCUGGUAAGAUAGGGACUGUUGAAGUCUUCACCAGCCAGGGCUCUAGCUGCAUGGCCCAAGCUGCAGAAAGCAAAGGUAAGAACUGGGAGAAGGAGGAUCUGCCUGCUGUCAGUGAAGAUCACAUUUGUGACCAUCUAAAGAACCUGCAGGUGCACAAGUGCGUGGGACCCAAUGAGAUCCACCCACGGCAUAUGAGGCAGACACAAUUGCCAAACUGCUAUCCAUCAUAUUUGAAAGGUCAUGGUAGACUGGUAAAGAUUCCACCAAUUGGAAAAUGGGAGACAUAAUCUCCAUUUCACUAAAGGGGGAAAAAGAAAUAUUACCGACCUAAAGGCCACUCAGUCUCACCUCUGUGCCUGGCAAGAACAUGGGGCAGAUCAUACUGAUGGCCGUACUGAGGCACGUGGAAAAUAAGGAGGAGGUGAUUGGUGGAAACCGGCAUGGCUUCACCAAGGGCAAGUCAUGCCUGACAAACUUGGUGGCCUUGUAUGAUGCAGUUACAGCAUCAGUGGAUAAAUGAAGAGCAACUUAUGUAAUCUACCUGGACUUGUGCAAAGGAUUGGACACAGCCCUGCAUGACAUCUCAUCACCAAAUUGGAGAAUAAAUGCUUUUGUUGGACAAACAACUGGCUGGACAAGGAAUUAGCUGGAUGGUCACACUCAGAGAUCUGUGGUCAAUUACAUGAAGUUCAACCAUGACAUAGGUGAAGUUGUGCAGCUGUGUCGGGACAAUCCCUAGAUCAAAUAUAGGCAGGACAGAGAGCAGCUUGAGAGCAGCUUGAACCCUGAGAGAAUGUUUUGGGGGUGUUGCCUUGAUGAAAGACUCAACCUGAGCAACAAUGUGCUCUUGCAGCCCAGAAGGCCGAAUUUAUCCUGGGUUGCCUCGUGAAAAGUGUGCCGAGAUUGCUGAGAGUGGUGAUUCUGCUCCUCUACUUGCACUCUUUAGACCCCACCUGGAGUUCUGUGCCCAGCUGUCGUGCCUGCUACACAAGAAGGACAUGGAGCUGUUGGAGCAGGUCUGGAGGGGGGCCACAGAGAUGAUGAGAGGGUUGGAGCACCUCUUCUCUGAGGACAGGCUGAGAGAGCUGGGGGACUUCAGCUUGGAAAAGAGGAGGACCUUAUAGUGGCUUUCCAGUACCUGAAGGGGCCUAUAGUAAAUUCGGAAAGAGACUUUUAUAAGGGUAUGUAGCAACAGAAUGAGAGACAAUGGCUUUAAAGUGGAAGAGGAUAGAUUUAGACUAGAUUCAUUAGGAAUGAUUCAUUUACUGUGGGAGUGGUGAGGCACUGGAAGAAGUUAGUAGAGAUGGCUGUGGAUGCCCCCAACCUUGGAAGCAUUCAAGGCCAGACUGGAUGGGGCUGUGAGCAACCUGGUCUAGAGGGAAGUGACCUUGCCUACAGCUGGAGUGUUGGAAAUAGAAGAUCUUCCAGGUCCCUUCCUACCCAGGCUAUUCAAUGUUUUUAUAAAAGACUGGUAAAGAGAUCAGGUCAGAAUUAUGAGUUGAAUCUCUGAUUGCUACCCUAGGAAUUCACUUGGAAAAUUUGCUGCUUCUGUGUUUAUAGCAACAGAAAGUGGAGUUGUAGAUGGAAAUUCGAGAUUUUUUUUCUUUUUGCAAUGUUGAAUCCUAUUUUCAAAUUCGUUUAUCAAAAGUGAAUGCACAGCUGUGUAUUGUUCAUUGUUCAGAGCUCUGUGUUUAGCAAAUGCAUGAAACUGCAUGCAGUUACUUUCUCUCUUUUCCCAUAUUCCUGAUUGCACUGUUUUCCUACUGGCAUAUCUGUUCCUUAAUGUGUACUGCCACCCCACAGAGAUUAAGGGAAGGUUGGGAAGAAGACGAUUUGGCACAAUGCAUUCAUAAUACACAGACAUUGUGUUAUGUUGUGGUUAUGAACUGUAUUGCUGUGAUCCAGGAUCCAGGACAUUGUAUGCAGAACCGACAUGGAAAGGUCUUUAGAGUGCAGUUCCUGUGAUAAAUUGGGUGGUGUUCUUUCGAUAAUCAUUGUAGAGUUAUUCUUAUUAUUUCACUUUUACUUUUAGGGGAAAGACCUGCAAUAGAUGCAGAGUUUUCCAGGUACUUUGAGGUUCUCUCUCUCUUUUUUUUUUUUUAAUACAGAGCAUGCAAAU